GAGCUAGGAAAUAUGGAGGAAAUGAUAGGUCUAUAUAAAGACUGAAAAUUGCACUAUAUGAAACGAAGAAUUUAAUGAAGGGCAGAUGGGGGACUUAAAUGAAAUAGCUAUCAUUGGGUUAAGCGGUCUCUCUCGUUUUCUUUGGUGAGGAAGAGGAGCUGAGUCCGACCGCUAUGUUAGGCGGAACCCAACCACGGCUCACUUUAUGAAAGGAUAGACUCGGCUAGCUCUGGAUUGAGAUCCUCUACCUUAAGUAGAGUGCCUUGCUAAAAUUAAUGGCAGAGAUUAAAACUCAAGCGUUGAGAUCUGUGUAAAAAAUAAGACCCUUGAUCUCCUACCAUCCCUUUUUUGAUCUGAGAGCUUACAAUUGCCAGGCACCCUCCAAUUCUGGGUAGUCCAGGCAGAGACGCCGAAUCCGCUAGCUCUACCUGCCCAAAAAUCAAAGAAAAUGAGAAAGCUAGGCUUUACUCCUGUUCAUCUGCAAAGAGGUUAUCUUCAAUUCAUCGCUGCUCCGCCUCACCAUCCCAAGCUGUUAUUGCCGUACCUGUCGUUGUUCCGCGUCGCCUCUCCUCCAGAUCUCCGCCUCGCCUCGCCUCGCCGUCCGGAUCUCCGCCUCGCCUCGCUGUCCAGAUCUCUGCCUUGCCUCACCGUCCAAGUCGCGGUUCAACUCCGCCGGCGACCUCCUCCCUCAAUCUCCUCCGCCGCUGCUGCCAUGCCUCUUGGCAAUCUCUCAAAGCAGUUUCAUCACUGGAAACAUCGAACCAUCUCUUUUCUUUCAUGCUCUGCAAUCAAAUUAUUGUUAUCAGAAUUUAUUGUUUAUUUAUUGUCUAUAAUUGAGUUAUUAUUCGAAAUUAUUGUCUGUUUACUGACUACUUAAUGUCUAGUGUUUGCAAGUUUGAUUUUGGAUCUAGGUAAAAGCAUGGCAGAGCGUGUAUGCGGCAGUGACCUCGCCAGAGCACGGCGGUAGCAUCUUUGCCGGAGGACAGAAGUGUGGCCUCGUUGGAGGCCUGUGACAGACUCACCUGAGGUGCAGGCAGAUUCACUGGACGAGACUGUACAAUAGGACGGUGCGGGCAGAUUCACUAGACAGCGGCUCCCUAACAGUGACGGCGGCUCCCUGACGGUGACGGUGGUGAUGGCUCCCUAACAACGACGGCGGCUCCCUGACAGCGACGGCGGCAGCUCCAUGGAGGUGGCGAUGACAGUAGCUCUGUGGAGGAUGCAGCGGCUGGGGUGUGGGGCUACAGAUCAGGGUUUUAAAACGAAGGGCAAUUUGGUCAAAGCUCC